UGAUGAAUUGGAAAUGUAUGCUUUUUGUGAUCCCGCAACCAUAUUCACCAACAGUACAGAUAUUGAACGUAACUUGGUGAAUCGUUUGAAAGAGGGUAAUCCUGACCGGCUUUUCCUACUACCCUAUAAUACCAAUUGUCACUGGAUAUUGGUCAUAUUAUGGGCUGGAGAAAUAUUUGUACUCAAUCCUUUGCCUCGAGGAACUAAUUUUCCUGAGUUGGAAAAAGCACUGACUAGGGCGAUGAUUACUUUUAAUGUUCAGGCUGGGAGGGGAAAUAAAGCCCCUAGUAUCAAAUAUAUGCCGGGAUGUCCCAAACAACCUGGUGGGAUUGAAUGUGGCUAUGUAGUUAUGCGCUACAUGAGAGAAAUUAUAAUGGACCAUGAACUGUCAUUUUUAAAGAAGUGGGCUCUUAAGACGCGUAAGCUGAUUUGUUCGGAAGCCGAGCUUGAUGAGGUCCGGUUUGAGGCUCUUAGCCAUAUUGAAUCAUUCAUGUAGUUGCAAUGACUUUAGGAGUAAUCUGACUUUAGGUUUCGUUUAGAAGUCUACUGCUGAUUUUGGGAGUAUAAUGUGUAGUUAAUGGCAAUGCAGACUUGUGAAUUGAAGUACUACUAGUAUUGGUUGUGUUGUGGAUAAUUUGAAUUAGUUGGCAUCAGUACUAGUAUUGCUUGUUGGUGAAUUAUGUAAUUAGUUGGUGGAUUAAUGCAAAUAUGUUUGGUAAUUGGUGAUAUUGUUGCUUGGGAAAUUUGAUUGUUGAUUUGUUUUGAGAUUUUAAUUUUAC